CUCAGACGUUUUGGCGGCAAAAUCCAUCAUCAUUCUCGAUCAUUUCCUCUUUUCACAGCCUUGAACGUUCUAGCUAGCUAGACUCGACUUUUUAAUCACACCUGUCCUUGGCAAAGGAUUGAGUUUAGUAAUAAAGAUGGCAAAGAAGGCGUCUCCAAAGAAAGGAAAGGGCAAGAAGGAUUCUGCCUCUCCCCUGAAAGAGCGCAAUGCAGAAAAGGUCAACAAUGACGAAAACAAAGAAGACAACAGCCUGAGGGCAGAUGAUGAAAACAAAACCAAUGACGAGGUACCCGCCAAAACCGGCUCUGAAAAGAAAAGCAGCCCCGAAGAGAAGAAGAAGGACACGGACGAGAGCAAGGAAGAGAAAAAGGCUGAAGAAGAUAAGAACCACAGCAAGAAACGAAAAGCAGAUGAUACCGUUGACGACAAGGCUGACAACACGGAUAUCACCGGUGGCGACAACCAAAAGGCGGAUGCUACCCACAACGAUGACACUGCAGACGCAAUGACUACCGAAAAUGACGAUGAGGAAGAUGCCAAACCUGCCGCAAAGCCAACAGCAGAGACACCCGCUAUUGACCUUACCAGACCCAUUAAGAAAGCCCGGUCGGCAUACUUUAUAUUUGGGGAUGAACGGCGCCCAGAAAUUCAAGCCAAGCACAAGGGCGAAGGCGUGGCAGUUGUGGCGCGAGAGUUGGGAGCACAAUGGAACGCCCUGUCGGAAGAAGAAAAGGCACCAUACCAGGAAAAGGCCGCCCUGGAACGGGAAGAGGUGGCCAAGCGGCUAGAGCAGCUUAAAGAAGCGGGAAUUGACUUGUCAACGCUACCGGGGGCAGCCACGGCCAAUGAAUCUGACAAUGCCUUGGUAUUUCCAUUGGCACGGAUGCGAAAGAUUUGCAAACUAGAUCCAGAAGUCAAGGGAAUGUCCAAGGAAGCGCUGUUGCUGAUUACCAAAUGUGCCGAACUCGUCACUGCAAAAUUGGGGAUUGAAACCGUAAAAAUCGCACAAAUCCAAAACCGCCGCAAGUUGUUACCCGAUGAUGUAGCCGAAGUUUGUCAGUCACGGGAUCCAUUCCUCUUUUUACGAGAUGAUGUCCGAGACUUGGUGCGGGAACAAGUGGUGCAGAAGCAAAAAGAAAAGGAAAACAACGGCAAGACUGCCAAGGAGGCCAAAGCUGCCGCCAACAGCAAGCCAUUGACGGCUUACUUUGCUGCCAAGAGCUCAUCGUAGUGGAGUCAAGUCAGACAGAAAUGCAAGAGAUGGCCCCUUGGCUGUGGUAUCUAGUUUGGUGCUAGCAGCUAAACCGGGAUCGCCGUGAGAACUUCUUUCAGCCACCUGCUUGAUGUUGAUCUGUGGUGGAAUUCAAACGCAGCAUGACGGUGUACGCUAUUUUGUAUGAAGACGACAAUUUCCGAAUUAAAAAUAGAUAUCAGCUGUAGCCAUGCACUGGUACACUUUCAAGCUCAUCAGAUUAAACAUUCAUUUGUUCCGUAGGCCGCGACGAAUCUGCGUUUUCCAACCUGAGCACCAGAAUGGCGAUACGCCUGCACCGAUCGAUUCGCGGCAGUAUGAUUGUGAUAUGCAGGAACUAGCUAUUGUCUUUAAAAGAAGAUCUAUUUUAUUAAUACAUGGUACAAAAACAGCUUCGUGGUCGCUUCCUCCAUUUGGAAGUCCGGGAAUCCAGGCUCCCUCUAGCUGCCCCAUCAUGAGCAUUCCGGUACUUCCAGAGGCCCACCCUGAGACACCUCAGCACAGUGUCAGCAUCCCAUGGAUGGCCUUUCUCACAGGCAUACCUCCACAUCAGAUAACAUCACAUGGAAAGCACCGGAAAAUGUGUACAUGUAUGUCUCGCACUGAGGCCAUCUACUGAGUCUUUGGUCGAGGAGGCCCCAUUCACAGCUCUAACGGCUAAAAGUACGCGCCCAAACAGUCACGCAGCCUCCUCGAACGCUGG